UUAUUUUGUAAAAUCAUAUCCAAAGGGUAAGAGCCGCAGAUACCAUCGUCAUAUGGCCUCAUCCUUCCCCGAUCUUUAUCUAUGUCGAUUCGAUAAAUGUACAUUUUCAAUUCCAAUCAAAUCUGUGCAAAUUAAGACGCGCGUGGACCGCACGACAAACACAACAAAGGCCAAACAAGAAUCCAGCGACCACGUAAAUUAUCAAAAAUUCAAGGACUAUUUGAAGAGUCGACAGUGGAAAGCCCUAAAGAACGAAGGAGAGAAUAAUAUCGUUUGGUAGAAACGAAAACCUGAACGGGAUCAGUUAGAAAAGGACUAUCGUGAGGCAUAAUUGUUCGCGUUUCGAUUUCUGUGUUCCAUGUUUAAGGUCCUGAACUGCUUCUCGAAUAACUUCGAGGACAGCUCACCAUAUUGACUGCAGUUCUGGUUACAUCUUGUGAUUCGCAUUACGUUCGUUAUUAUAUAUAUAUUUUUUAUUUUUAUUGUGCAAAUUGCCAGUUGACUUUCAAUCCCACACAUAUCCAUCAAGUUCCCGGGUCUCUUCGUUUCCUAGUUAGCCACCAUCCAACGUAUCCUACCAAUCUGCCUUCUUUUACGGUGAAGCUGCGUUGUGAUCGAUCUUCUGAGGCCUUGUGCGCCAAUCCUGAUAACUGGUGAUGUUAGAGAUUCAACCUGCGACAUCCAAUCGGAGCGAACGGCAAAGCCAAUUGUGAUCUUGCAGGUUAUAGACACCUUAAAGCUGGCUUAGAAAUCCCAGCAUGAUAGCCAGUGUCAGGGCGCACAUACCUUACACGGAUAACAAAGAGAAUAAGGAGAAUUCUAUGGCUAGCCAAGCUACAAAUCCCGCUCAAGAGCGUCGCAUCCAUGAGCUGGACCAAAAUGUGGAGAGCAUCUUCGAAAUACGAAAGCGCUUGGGAAAAGGGGCUUAUGGAAUAGUUUGGAAGGCCAUAGAUAAGCGACACAAGGAAACGGUGGCCCUGAAGAAGAUAUUUGAUGCGUUCCGAGAUGAUACCGAUGCCCAGCGCACAUACCGCGAGGUGAUAUUCCUUCGAGCCUUCCGCCACCAUCCCAACAUUAUCCGACUGUUAGAUGUCUAUAAGGCUGGAAAUAAUUUGGAUUUUUAUUUAGUGUUCGAGUUUAUGGAAAGUGACCUGCAUAACGUGAUUAAGAAGGGCGAUGUGCUUAAGGACAUUCACAAGAGAUUUGUCAUGUACCAGCUGAUUAAUGCCAUCAAAUACAUGCACUCGGGCAAUGUCAUCCACAGGGAUCUAAAGCCCAGCAACAUACUGAUUGACAGUAAAUGCAGACUCAAAGUAGCCGACUUUGGGCUGGCACGUACACUGUUCACGAAGCGCAAGAACGAAAUGGAUGAUAUGGACAAUGAUGGCAUGUUGACGGACUAUGUGGCCACGCGUUGGUAUCGAGCACCCGAAAUCCUGGUGGCUAGUCGCAAUUAUACCAAAGGCAUUGAUAUGUGGGGACUGGGCUGUGUCCUGGGCGAGAUGAUAAGGCAGAAACCACUUUUCCAAGGCACUAGCACCAUCAAUCAGAUUGAGAAAAUCGUGUCGGCCCUGCCGGAUGUGACCCAGCGGGACAUCGAUUCGAUCGGACCUAGCUUCGGGACUGUCCUGUUAAGCAAGAAGAUCCAUCGCGAUCGCCGCUAUUCGUUGGACGAGAUGUUGAGGAACUGCUGUGACGACGCCAUAUCACUGGUGAAGUCCCUCUUGGUUUUGAAUCCCCAUGGAAGGCUGACAGCCAAGGCGGCCAUUCAGCAUUCGUAUGUGAGUCGCUUCAAGACCGCCUCCGCGGACAUGGAACUUCGGGUGGACAUCCAUCCGCCGCUGAAGGACGAUGUGCGCUAUGGGGUGGACCAGUAUCGCAGCAACCUUUACGAUAUGAUUGGCCGGGAAUCGAGGAGCAGUGCCCGUACUGUGAGCACUAGCACACCCUCCACUAAUCGGGAGAACCCAACGAAUCCGCCGCGAGUCGUAUCGCGAACCAGGACAUUGAGUGCCAAACCGACGGACCACGUCGAGAGAACUAAAGACCUGCCCACCUUCGAAGAGAGCACCGUGUCGCGCGCAAUCACCCAACAGCCGAGGCAGGCUCAACGCGUGACCCCGUCUGACUCGAUCCUGCAGAAGUAUCGUUCUCCAUCAACGGAUGUUACCCUGACCCGUACAGAGCAGGUAGUUUCAAAACCAGCUGCCCCUGUCCCUCCACAGGUAAAAUACAUAGAAAGGCGUUGGACCAAAAAUCAGCAACGCAGUGUGGCACUGCAACGGGAAUAUGAGGCCUUGGUGGCUAAAGAUCUGCCAAAGCCCCCCCCUAAGAAGAAAGUCCCUUGGCAAUCGCAGGCCCAGGUUCAGGAAAAGUUUCAUGCUGAGGCAAAGGCUCAUGUUGAGGCUCUGCUCAAGGCUCAGAGGAGCUCUUUUGAUGAUUCCGCGAGAGUAGCUCAGGUACCCCAAACUCAGUCGUCCCAGGAGCUUCCGGUUCAAAAGAAUCCGUCUGAACGCAAGAUAAGCGGGGAAAAGAAGUCAAAAACAAAAACUAAGAUAGAGCUCAAAACCAACGCAAUUCCUGCUCCCAAGAAAAACAAGCUGCCCACAACCGCUGAUAGGAUGCAGCGACGCCGACUGGAGGUCAGAGUGCAGCAGGAGAUCCUCCAAAUGCAGAAAAAGGACCUUGAGCUAAGGGAUAUGCAACGUAAACGCAUGGCCGACAAUCUUUUUUUGAUGAAAAAAGAGCACGAUCGGCUUGAGGAUUUGGCUGAGCAGGAGGCGGAGGCCAAGGCCUUUAGAGAGAUCGCACGGAAGGUGAAGAAGCUCAACCAGAAGAAGAAUGAAAAGGAGGAGAGGGAGUCGGGGCCGGAGGUGCAAGAAGCGAACUCAAAUGUUUUCUAUUAUAGCGAAAGCGUAUGCUAUCGCCGAAGGGUCAAUCAUCUGGAGGCCGAAAUGGCUAAGUGUAAGGAGCAGCUGGUGAACUUCGUCCAGGAACACCGGGAUCUGCUGAAGCAUGGAAAAUUGCGCUACCACUUCAGGAAGCUUCAUACAAAGGAAGAUGAGAAGAAGAAGGAAUGGGAUGGCAAGCCCUUGCCGGAGGGCAGCGGAGAUCCCGGCUCCCAGUCGUACGAACAAUUCCGCCGGGAGCAACGCAUACAAAGGCAGCGACAACUUCAGGAGUUUCUGUCCCGUGACGACACCAAUGAGUUCGAUAUUCCUGAUCUGACGAAUGUUUACGGAGCUCGGUGCUAUCACUUUCAGACACCACUCCUUUCGAGUAGAAACUCGUCCCCGACUAGCGGGCGACGCGAGUCAGGUUCGGACCAAUCCCUGGAACAAGAUUAUUCCCAUAAGUAUGCCAAAUACUUUCCCAAAUACACAAAGCUGGAUGAAGAUCGGAGACAACAGGAGGACCCGGAGCAGCAUACAGAGAAGGCCCGAGGGCUGGAGGAGCGGCGCAAGUGGCAAGAGCGCCUGAAGGCCCAGUUGAAGGCCAGCCAGAAGCAGCAUGACGCCCUAGGACUUCACCACAAGGUGCAUCAUCAUCAUCACCAUCAGGCGGCCAGCGGACCACGCUACGACCCAAUGCGACUGAGGGAGGGCGACAUCCAGGAAGCGAACUUCUCUCACGGAAUCAACUGAAUAAUAAAGUAUUUGUCCUAGUCUUGACGAAAUUUA